ACCACGCUUGAGCCUGAUGUGCAGAAGCUUCUGGAAGGCGACAGCAAAGGGGUAGGUUCACAGUGAAGUUUACUUCAGAAAACCAACUUUUAUCUAGCAAAUCCACUAACAUAUGUUAAGCAAAAACUGAAAAAUGGCGCAAUUAGCUUUUGAUGAGUAUGGGAGACCAUUUAUUGUACUAAAAGAUCAAAACAAUCAAGAGAGAUUGACUGGUGUGGAAGCGUUAAAGUCCCAUAUCAUGGCAGCUAAAACAGUUGCUAAUACUUUGAAAACUUCACUGGGUCCAAAAGGCAUGGAUAAAAUCCUUGUGUCUCCAGAUUCUGAUGUCACAAUCACUAAUGACGGUGCAACCAUUCUGCAACAAAUGCAUGUUGAACAUGAAAUUGCAAAGUUGCUUGUUGACCUUUCAAAAUCUCAGGAUGAUGAAAUUGGUGAUGGUACAACAGGAGUAGUAGUUUUGGCUGGAGCAUUGUUGGAGCAUGCAGAACAGUUGUUGGACAAGGGUAUUCAUCCAAUACGUAUUGCUGAUGGUUAUGAACAAGCUGCACAGAUUGCAAUAGAUAAUUUAGAAAAAAUUAGUGAAUCCUUUGAAGUUGAUCCCAACCAGAAAGAAAAAUUGAUUGAAACUGCAAUGACUACACUUGGUUCUAAAAUUGUGAACCGAUGUCAUCGUCAACUUGCAGAGAUAGCUGUUGAUGCUGUACUGUCUGUGGCAGAUUUCAGCAGAAAAGAUGUUGACUUUGAACUUAUCAAGAUGCAAACAAAAGAAGGCGGACAACUGGAUGACACAAUGCUCAUUAAAGGUGUUAUUGUCGACAAGGAUAUGAGUCAUCCACAGAUGCCAAAGGAAAUCAAAGACGCUAAACUAGCUAUUCUUACAUGUGCCUUCGAACCACCAAAGCCUAAAACAAAACAUAAGCUUGACGUGACCUCAGUAGAAGAUUAUCAGAAGCUUCGAAAUUACGAAAAGGAAAAGUUUUUGGAAAUGGUAAAACAAGUCAAAGACACUGGAGCAAAUUUAGCCAUCUGUCAAUGGGGCUUUGAUGACGAGGCAAACCACUUGCUACUUCAAAAUGAACUGCCUGCCGUCAGAUGGGUGGGUGGGCCUGAAAUUGAGUUAAUAGCCAUCGCAACUGGCGGUCGAAUUGUUCCCAGAUUUAGUGAACUGUCAGCAGAUAAACUAGGAACAGCUGGUAUCGUUCGUGAACUAUCGUUUGGAACUACGAAAGACCGUAUGUUAGUCAUAGAAGAAUGCAAAAAUACACGUGCUGUGACGAUUUUUAUUCGAGGGGGUAAUAAAAUGAUUGUUGAAGAAGCCAAGCGUAGCAUCCACGACGCUCUAUGUGUUAUCCGUAAUCUUGUACGUGACAAUCGUAUCGUGUACGGUGGUGGUGCGGCGGAAAUAUCGUGUGCGCUCGCUGUAAGCGCCGAAGCUGAUAAGGUUGCUUCGAUCGAACAGUAUGCCAUGCACUCAUUUGCAGACGCUUUAGAAAACAUUCCAAAUGCUCUCGCGGAGAACUCUGGCUUGAACCCUAUAGAAACAGUAUCUGAAAUUAAAUCCAAGCAGAUUUCCGAAAACAAUCCACGUCUUGGUGUUGACUGCGUUGGAGCUGGAACUAAUGAUAUGAAAUCACAACACGUGAUUGAAACUCUGCACGGCAAGAAACAGCAGAUCUCACUCGCCACGCAACUCGUCCGUAUGAUAUUAAAGAUCGACGAUAUUCGGAAAACCCACGGUGAGCAGUGAAUGUAUUAAAUGUUUCCGUUACCGUUACGUGGAAUACCAGUCCUACGAAAAUCCAAAGAUCGCCCUCAACCUCUCAGUUUUCCAGAAUUUUCAGUGUUGCAAUUAUGUAACCGCAAUUUUUAGAAAGAUUAGGUUGCCUUUUUCACACAUCUACUUCUAUUGCGGUGACAAAAAAAUCUUCGAUCUGAAUGUUUGCCCCUCGCGUGCUAAAGAAGUAUAUGAAGAAAAGGGCCACCUCGCUUUCAAAAGGAUUGAAAUACCUUGUUCAAUGUAAAUCUUCAAAGAAAUUAAAUACUAACUAAGAAAGUCAGUGCGUAA